AUGCUACCCGAUAACAUCUACAACAGCUAUCUCGAAUACAAAAAAGACACCAAUACGUACAUCAACUGGCUCUGCAGCACUGCAACACGUUUAGGCUUUCCGCCGCCCUACAAGUCAUCGUUGGAAUCAAAGGCAUCAAAAUCACAGGCCCGGAAAAAGAAGAAGCUAGAAGAGCGAGAAGUCAGUAUUAGCGGACUAAUUGCAUGUGCGGAGGCAAUCGCCGAGAAACCGCCCAAGCAAUUCGUCGUUCCUGUAUACGCUGCUCAGUGCGCGGCACGGGCCAUCAGACAACGGAAGAAGUCGUCGCAAUGGCAUGAGAGUCAGGUCGAUGGGUUGGAUGGAAUUGAGAAGGUAGUGAAAGAAGAAGACAACGCCGGUCAUACUUUCUUCACGGAGACGCUGGAGCAUACGCUCAAUAUCUUACGACCGUUUAUAUGCAACGCGCAACACGUCAAAAAGGCUGGUGACAAGGCUCAACGACAUGAUUCUAUGGAUGAUAUUACCAAUCGCUUCAGUAAGCUUGAGAUUGAGGAGUUGGCUGAUCAGGAAGUCGAGAGUGCUGCGAUUGCGGUCGCCGAGAAACCGCCAACAACGUCACGGAUCACAUACUUUGUCGAUAACAGCGAGGAAGAGCGUCAAGUCGCUAUGGAAUCCCUUCUACAUGAUCACUUACGCAUCAAACAGGCCAUCCACAAGGCAUGGCAAGACUAUUUGGUAAACAGAAACCUUGACCUCAUCACGACCGCGGCAACGACUCAAGCCGGGUUGCAGAUGCUCCGGAGUCUCGUUCACGAGUUUACGAUGCAGUUCCCCGGACUUAACUCGAUGGAGACAUUCUGCUUGAACUAUCUUUGCAAACGCAAAGACAUCCGAUCAGGUUCCGACGAAGCUAUUCCGGUAGAUACGAGCGACGCGGAUAUCCAGAUUCCAAAACACGUGGCCGAAUUCAGCUGUCUAGACACUUAUACCACUAUCCGGGAUGCGUUGAGCCGUUUCUUCCAGGCUGAAAACUACGCCGGUCGAUACCGAGCAAUGGAGUAUGUGCUUCGAAUCGGCUAUUUUGACAACUACAAAACGUACAUGCCUGCCCUUCAACCACUGGUCAACGCCCUGGAAGACAUCUUAGGCAUGGACGUCGAGGGAAUGGGCAGCUUCCAAGAUCCUCCCAUUAUGGACAACUUCACUCAACUCUGGCGAGAGUAUCUCCAGACUUUAUACUCUGCUCCCAAACCGGAGGGACAAAAAAAGAGGGAACUUCCUGAUCUGAGCGUGGAACUGGUCCUCUGUACGGAUCUAUACCUGAAGGUACAAGAGGUCGUCAUACUUGCCGAGCCAAACAUCAUAAGAGACGACUACAAGAAUAACUGGGCAUACAAGAAUUACUAUCAGAAUGACAGCGACUCUGGUCAUUACCUGGAAUUGUUAAAACAAUACCCAUUCACAUCAAAUCCAAUCCGCAAAACGCUCACCUCUUUCUUCCGAAGCGAUGUAGACACAGCAAAGAUUGUAGACUGGCAUACCACGGAAAUGUUUUGGGGUCGACGCGCCAUGAUGAAAGAAAAGAUAACAGGUCUCAGGAUAAGUGGAAGAGAAGAAUGCGUCCUUGGAGUCUUUCGUUGGGAUUGGCCACGAUAUAACCCGUUUCUAGCUGGCCUAAUAGCCUUUGUCGUCGCCCAAGCUGUUGAUGAGUUGAAUACGGUAUUCCAGAACCACAGCGGCAGCCCGGUCGCGACGGCACAUCUCUAUAACUACCUACGACAGGCUCACAGCGUGACAGCCCCAUCCCCUUGCACUCCUGUGUUGGCAAAGGAGUGGCCAGAUAUGGAAACCUAUCUCAAGAUCAUGGGCGACAAGAGUGUGUUCGUGGCUCACUGGCUUCACAUUCAGCUGAAAGGCCCUUUGAGAGCUAUCUCGGAAGAAAAUGACAAUGGCUACAUACCGCCCACGUGGGACAAUGAUGACACUAUACCAUUACACAUUAUCUGGCACGAGAGUCGCUAUCGAGAGAGAACCAGUAGCUUGAACUACGAAACGAGAAAAGUGGACUCGCAGUUUACGUACAAGGCGGCGAAUGUUAUAAGAGAAUGGUUGGAUAGCCAGUCAAGAGCAUCACCAUCUAGUUCUCUUGCUACGAGAAAGUUUGAGGAGAUGGUAAAGGAAUUCCACUGCAUAAACCCCCUCGACAAAGAGCAAGAGGAGUUUCACGCUCAACACUGGGUCAAGUGGGUACUCGCCGAUGAAGAAGCAGUGCAGAAGUCUGCAGAUGAGGUUCUACGCCGAGAAGGCAUAAUGGAAUUGCGCCUGCCACCUUCGUUCCGUGGCCUCAUCGCCAGUCCCUCAGCAGCAGAAAGCUCGCCAAACCUACCAGACGAAGAAACCAACAUGCAAAACCAGCAGAAGGAGAUUUCUACAGCCGAUGCAGACAAAGCUGCCCUCGAAGGAAUACUCCGGCUUUUGCGCCAGGCUAAAGCGGACAACGAUCAGAUGAAGACGCCGGAGUUGGUACAGGAAGCUUUUGUCAGGCUGGCGGCGCUGGGAGGGGAUCAUGUAUUGCCCCCGGAGGAUCAUCAGGAGAUUGUCAAGGCUGCUGAGGAAUUCAUGGGGAAGGGGGUGGGUAAAGAUGGGAAGGGCCGUGUUUACUAUGUUUGUGUUGGGCGGGCUGCGAAACAGCCUUAG